AUUGAUAUUUUCAAUGAACUAAUGGCUGUAUUUUGAGCGCCAAUUGAGAGACUAAUAGAGUGAGUGAUUCAAUGAUUACUACAAACAAUACAAUACUAUCACUGAUUUAAGUCAUUAAUAAAAUAUAUCUCAUCUGCGGUCACAUCGAUGGCUAAGACAAAGACAAAUAAACGAAAGCGAGAAGUAAUGGAUAAUAAUAAAGAAGAAGAUAACAAACCAGAAAGACCGAAGUGUAUAUUCUGUGGUUAUGUCACAAAAAACAAAUACUUUUUGGGCAAACUUAUGACCAGAGGAGACAUAUCGGCCCACUAUUACUGUAUCUUAUUUAGUCCAGGACUUCAACAAAAUGGUCGAAUCGAUGAGGGUUUCAAAGGAUUUCUCGAAGAAGACAUACAGAAAGAGGUCCGCAGAGGUCGACAACUAUUUUGUACUUAUUGUCACAAAAGAGGUGCUGUUAUCGGCUGUUAUCGAAACGAUUGUCGAGUCGUCUUUCACUUGCCGUGCGGUCUGAUUCACGACUCUUACCAUUCAUUUCACGAUCCGAAGAAAAAUUUUCCCUCUUAUUGUAUAAAACAUCGAUCCAUUCAACGAACAGAUCCUAAAAAGGAAUCUACAGAUGAUUUGUGUGCCAAUUGUCGCGAACAAGUAGUUUGUAAGCCGACACCGAAAACUUUAUGGACGCCCUGUUGUGGACAUUGGUUGCACAGAGAGUGUGUUAUUAAACAGGCCUACCAUCAGGGAAAACAUCACUUCAAAUGUCCCAAUUGUAACAAUAGGGAUGAGUUUAUCAUUGAAAUGAAAGACUUUGGUAUACAUGUGCCUUCACGUGACGCGAGUUGGGAGGACGGCAACAAUUUUGCCGAUCUUUAUGAUCGUAGCCACAAGUGCUCAGCAGAGAUGUGUUUCUCGAAGAAAGGCAGAGAAUAUAAUGGUGACAAUCAUUGGGAACUGUUUGCAUGUGACGGAUGCGGUAGUCAAGCUAUUCACGGAAAAUGUGGAAAUUUAAAGUCAGAUGAGUGGUUAUGUGCCGUAUGUUUGCCAAUAUUUCAUAAGGACAACGAUACUAAUGCUUCAAAGAAAUUGAGAGUUCAAAAUGAUAAUUAA